UUGGCGCCAUUUCGCCACAGCUGCUUGUAGUUUUUUUUUGUUUAUUUCGCUUGUUCUUUGAUUUCCGAGUGAAUAAACUGAAAUUGGCACAAAGCUGACCUAAACAAAUAAACUUGCAUUUAGGCACUGCAGCUUAGCAUUCGAAAUUUCAGUUGAACUGCAGCUAUGGAUCCCACAAUAUCCGUUUCCAAGGGCUGUUUUGUCUACAAAAAUGGAGCUACGCGUGCCGGCAAGAAGGCAUCCGGCAAGCGAAAGAGAGCCACAGGCGGCACGAGCAGCCUGCUGGGCAAGGAGGUCAUCGGGCAGCCCUUCUACGAUGCCUACACCCAGACCUGGAGUCAGAUGAACGAGCACAUCCAGCGCCUGCAGCAGCAGAGCUAUGCCCGCACCCUCGAGCAGCUGGUGGAGUUCGUGGUGGGUCAGCGGCAGAUUGACGAGGAGGAGGAGGAGGAGGAGGAAAUUGAGGAAAUUCUGCCCACAGCCGCACUCCUCACGGGCAUCAAUCAGCCGGAUCAUCUCAGCCAUUUCGAGACAUUCACGCAGCGCCUGCAUGCCCAGAAGGCGGCCAGGGUUUGUGUGCUGCAAUCUCGCGAUUGUCCCACGCUCAAGGCAGCCAUCGAGGCCAUGGUGUUCAGCCUCAUCGAAGGCGAACAGGACCAAGAGGACGCUGAAGAGGAGGAGGAGGAUCGGGAUCGCAAGCGACUGCGACGCUCGCACUGCACGAUUCGGCAACUGAAAUCCUGGUACAGCAACAACUUUCCAGCGGGGGAGAGGCAGAAAAGCCAACAGUUGGUUGUCAUCUUGCCGGACUUUGAGUGCUUCAGCGGCCACGUGCUGCAGGACUUGAUACUCACACUGAGCGCCCACUGCGACACGCUGCCGUUUGUCCUGGUGCUGGGCGUGGCCACAGCCAUGUCGGCGGUGCACAGCACGCUGCCCUAUCAUGUGAGCAGCAAGAUUAGGCUGCGCGUCUUUCAAACACAGUCAGCGCCCACGGGUCUCAAUGAGCUGCUGGAUAAGGUGCUGCUCUCCCCGCUGUAUGCGUUCCAUCUGUCCGGCAAGGCAUUCAAGUUCCUCACGCAUAUUUUCCUCUACUACGACUUCUCCAUUCACGGGUUCAUCCAAGGCUUCAAGUACUGCCUCAUGGAGCACUACUUUGCCGGCAAUGCCUACGCUCUGUGCACGGACUACAGCAAGGCGCUGAACCGCAUCAAGCUGCUGACGCAUGAGGACAUGGAGACCAUACGGCGGCUGCCCUCGUUCCGGCCCUAUGUGGAGCAGAUCAACGACUGCAAGCGCAUCAUUGCCGUGCUCACGGACGACGAUUACCUGAAGAAGAAGCUGCCGCAGCUGCUGCGCGAUUGCUUGCUGCACUUUCUGCUCUUUCGCAGCACGUUGGAGUUCUUCACGGAGCUGGUGGGCGACCUGCCGCGCUGUCCGCUGGGCAAGCUGCUGCGCGAGCUCUACGUUAAUUGCCUGAACAAACCGAUUGUCGCCUCGCCCGAGUACAAGGAGUGCUGGCAAAUGCUGAGCUUCCUCUCCAAAGAGGAAUUUGUGGCCAAGGUGCAGAGGAGCUUGGCUCGAACGGAGCACUUUCUGGCCGAGGAGAUUGCCCCCCUGGAGCUGGGCGAGGCCUGCAUGUCCGUGCUGCGCCCGCAGCUGCAAAGCAUUCGGCAGCUGCUCGACGAUGUGGUCAUGGGCACGCUGGAGCAGAUGCCAGCCAUGGCCACGGAGGAGAGCAGACCUGCAGCCAGUCUCACACAAGUUGCCUCGCGGCAGGAGCUCAAGGCGCAGCUGCUGCAGCGCACCCAAGCGGACAAGCAGCACCAGCAGCAGCCCACCACAGAGUUCGCCCGCUCCGUGCACAAGACGCUGGAGCACAUUGAAACGGUGCUGGUGCGCGGCCAUUUGCGUGCGCUGCAGGACGCUCCGCCGCUGCACGAACUCUACGUCUUCAGCGACAUCUCCACGGUGCGUCGCAACAUCAUUGGCGCCCCACGUGCCGCUCUGCACACCGCGCUCAACAAUCCGCACUUUUACAUGCAAUGCAAAUGCUGCGAACUGCGCGAACAAACGCAGCUUAUGGGCUCGCUGCCCGAUCUCUCGGUGGUGUACAAGCUGCAUCUGGAGUGCGGGCGCAUGAUCAAUCUGUUUGACUGGCUGCAGGCCUUCCGCUCGGUGCUGCAUGGCAACGAGGAGCCAGAUGGGGAGGUGGCGCAAGAGCAAAUCGAUCCGCAGAUACAGGCACGCUUUACGCGCGCUGUGGCCGAGCUGCAGUUUCUGGGCUACAUAAAGAUGUCCAAGCGCAAGACGGAUCAUGCCACGAGGCUUACAUGGUAGCUGCCACAAGUUUUCUCUCUCUCUGCAUUCUCUCUCUGUCUGUUUCGGGAUUAUUUUAUAUAAAUUGCUCGCAUGGUACGGAUACGGAUAAAUACAAUAUUUUAGCACAAAA